AUGCCCUCAGUAUCGCAUAGUCUCUCAACAUCAAGGUGUAACGUAACCGUAGCUUGCGAUUCUUGUCCCAAAAAACGUGGUCACAAAAAAUGUUGUCCCAAUCCGAUAACCACUACACCAUUGCCUCCUCAUAAGAUAAUAGAGUUUAAUGUUGAUGGGUUGUGGGAGAUGUUGGAUGAUUUAUCUCAGCAGAUCGAUAGCGAUUAUGAUUUAUCUACUCAAGAUCUCAUUAAUAAUGAUCAGAUGGAAAUCCUCUCUUCUACUUCAUCAUUACCAUGUCUACAUGAAAAUACUGCAGGCCAUUGUUGUCAUAAGGGGUGUAUAGGGAGAUUCAAUAAUGGACAAGAGGAUUUUCCUAUUACUGUUGGGAAUGACAAGCCUUUUGAACACGCUUUUAAAGUGUAUUGCUGA